UAUGUAUUUAUAUGAGAUUGACAGAAAUACACCGCCUAUUCUGUAAUGAACUAAUCCAAUGACCCAACCCAGGUCAGUCAGCAUUCAAGAUGGCGGAAAAAUCGUAGGCUGGAAAAUUUUCUGAUGUUUCUCCUACAACUAUUCUGUUUUAACGGACAAAACAACGACUUUUAAGGAUAGAAAAUGGGAAACAACGUCAGCCAAAGCGACAGCGACGACGACUUUCUCUCGGACGAGCCCUCUGAUGGCGAGGAGGCGCACGAUCCGGCCCAAACCAGGGGCGGGAAGAAGAGUUUCGAUCUGGACUUGCUGUUCGAUCACGGGAAGCUUCGCGAUGCCGCCUCGAAGAUCAAGGACGGGCUGCCGGAGAACGUUCUUCAGCAGCACCAGGGGCACCUCAUCCGCUGGCUGGAGGACAGGAGCGCGAGGAACGAGGAGACCGUGUCGCUGUCUCAGUUCUGUGACGUGCUGAUGAACCGGGGAGUGGGCAGGGAGGAGAGCGAACAGGCGUUUGUCCAGUUUGACACAGAAGGAGAUGGCACCACGGAGGUUCAGGCCAUGCUGGAGACGCUGAAGUCCUCCAACGGUGCUGACCUGCAAGGGGAGCUGAACUACGUGGUGCGCACGCUGCAGUCCUGUAUCCUCACCCCGGGCUUCGUGGAUGUGUUUGCAUCAGACAGACAUAACGUGUCCCAGCACGGUAAGCGGAUGCUGAACUUCCUCCUGAGGAACCGCACCCCGAGCUCCGCCCUCCCCUUCUCCAUCCUGGACGGGUUUAACAACACCUCCGCCAUGAGGAUGGCGGUCCUGAGGGACCAUCUGCACAGGCUGAAGGAUGCCAUAUCUGAGUCAGAUGAGACCAUAUCCAUGAGCCCCACCCAGGAGCAGAGGGUCAUCUCCAAGUGUUACAAGGGCAUCGAUGUCUCCACCAACAAGGCUGACGUCCACCGCAUGACUGACGGCGACAUGUCCACCUACUGGCAGUCUGACGGAACUUCACGGUCACACUGGGUGCGAAUCCACAUGAAGCCGAACGUGGUGCUGAAGCAGUUAGCGAUCCACGUGCAGUCGUCAGACCAGAGCUACAUGCCGCAGACUGUCACUGUGUCUGUGGGGAAGAGUCCAACAUCCUUACAUGAGAUUAAAGAGGUGCGAAUCCCCAGCCAUGUUACCGGAGAUGUCACCCUGCUGGAGAACGCCAGGAUGCACUACCCAGUGGUCCAGAUCAACAUCCGACGUUGCCAUAGUGACGGCUGUGACACCCGCAUACAUGGUCUCAAGACUCUUGGAUACAAGAUGUCUGAAGACAGAGGCGUGAGCAUCGCUGACGCCUCGGCUGUGUGGUACCUGUCAGUGCUGGCCUCCACAGCUACAGCUUCCAUCCCCACCAACCCUGCCCUGGCCCAGACCAUUCUGAUCCACACCAGGGAAGCUCUGCGCCACAUGCCUCCCCUGUCCCUCCUCCCCGGCUCCAAGGCCUGCCCAGCGUUCCUUAGCCCCGGUUUACUUGACGAGAUAGAGCGCUUCCUGAAGACAAUCGUGGUAACAGAGGAAGGGAAAGUGCAGAGUGCAGAUGGUCUGUUGGUACUGAUGUCCCUGUCGCUGGCCCGUGGCCGGCUGGUCAGUGUCCUGGAGACGCUGUCCCUCCUGGCUGAUAACCAAGACAUGGAGAUGCAGGCCGUUCCGCUCCUCAAGGCCAUGCACAAGGUCACCGAGAACUUCUGGAGGAAGUAUGGCUACCCCUUACAGUUGUCCCUUACUGGCUGUGAUGGCGGGCAGAAGGACAACAACUGCCCACCCUCCAUCGUCCUGACCUCCGAUUGGUCCACAGAAACUUACUACACAGCCAUGGGCAAGAAGACAGUCAACUUCUUCUUCAAAACCGAGGGUGAAACUGCUGUCCAGCUCACCAGGGUUCGCAUCAAGGUCCCCAAGGGUGGAACUGGGGCAAAAUCAGGGAUGCUGUUCCUGUACAAUGCUGCCGCUGACUUUGACAUUGAGACGCAUUCCCGAAGGUUCAAGGAAUAUGACACGAUGACGUCAUCGCAGUACGACGUCAUGAACAAGAUGCGAAGCGUGGGAGUGGGAAAGGCGGAGGAGACGCCGAUCGCUUUCUUCACGCUGGAGGAAGACUGGGACGAAGUCGACGUCAACAUGGACGUGUGCACCCGGGGAACAUUCAUCCUCCUGAAAAUCACAGGCCCGCGAUCGGACAGCGCGGAGCGCGUGGGCUUAAUGGGUGUGAAAUUCUACGGUUUCCAGCGACCUCACUCCGCCAACGCGGCCGAGGACAUCGGCAUCAACCAGUCCAGUCGUAUAACCGUGGACGACACCAACCCGAUCGAUGCCGUGACCGUUUUCAUCCGCAUGCUGUCGUUCCUGGUUGACAUGACGCGGGACGCUCCGGCAAAGAAGGACGGUUUUCGAUCGUCGAAGCUCCAGACCAUUGACAUGACUGGGGUGUCCAUAGAGAUGCUGUGGAAGCUGUACUGCCACAUCCCUGGGAAGGACAAGAUCUGGGGAGAGAGGAUCGCGAAAGUAAAGCUCCUCCAGCUGCUGAAGUGCUGUUUCCCAUUCCUGGCAGCCACAGCAGCAGCCUGUAAGGAGAAGGAGAAGAAGGAAGCCAAACAGAUAAUGUUACGAUGGCCACUGCUACCUCCCCACAUGCUCUUAACUGAGGUCCUCAGGCGCAAAGACAGCUCAGGUGAGAUUGCGGCAGGUGCCAUGUUUACACACCUGUGUGAUGUGGUGGACAGCGCUGAGAAACACCUGAAGCCCAUCAAGGUGGUAGCCGAGCAGGUCAUCUUAGACGGAGCGUCGGUGUUCUUCCCCGACAAGAACGCCCGCCGUAAACAGCUGUUCCAGAUGAUGGAGACCAUCUCCAGUCAGGAGCAGCCGGCUUCCGCCGUGCUGACGUUUCAGUCGCUCUGCCAGUUCUUCAGCAGUGUGGACCCCAGCGGGCUACUGGCGCUGCCCACUGCAGACUCAAAGGAGGACUUCAAAGUCGAUCAGGCACUUGCCGUGAUGGACACCCUCCUGUCCGUGGCCCACCGGGAAUGCUCAUCGACGCUGGCUGGAGAGAGGGGCUCCGACGGUCGCGCGUCGUUCCUCGUGCGUCUGCUGUGCUCGUUGCAGGGCAGCCUGGCCACCUGGUGCUGCAAGCAGAUGGAGGGAGAGGAUGGCAAGGUCCCGCCCGCACAGGAGUCUGUGGGGCUGGCAACUACACUGCUGCAGAAAUACACAUUCCUGCUGAGUCGCCACUGCACAGAGCUGCUGGGGAAUCUUGUAGAGAUGGGACAGAAGGCUGAAGCUGCGCUGGCCAACCUGCAGCACUCCUUCAUAGCCACAGCACUGCCACAGAUGAUUGUGUGGCUGAUGCUGCUGUGUGAGAAGCCCAUCCCCCACGUCUCCACCAUGCACACACUACAGCCUGUAGCUGCAGAGCUGCACAGACUGGCCAAGAACCUCGCAAACACCUUCUACAAGCUUGACAGUGAGCAGUGGUCGUCCAUCGGGAAUGACCAGGUGGUGUUGAGGACCUGGCACGUGGAGUCUCCACACAACUAUGAGAACAACCAGCACUCCACUCAGAUCUUCACAUGUCCCGGGGCCACGCACUUCGUGGUGGAGUUUGAUCAGAGGAGUGAGACAGAGAAGAGGUAUGACUACCUGGAGUUCACAGACGCCCGAGGUGUGCGCACCCGCUAUGACCAGAAGGUCGGGACAGAGAAAUGGCCGCUGAAGGUCACGUUCCGCGGGAGUCACCGGCUGCAGUUCCUCUUUCACUCCGACAGCAGCAAUAAUGAGUGGGGGUACAAGUUCAAGGUGACGGCGCGCGGAUCGCCUGACGUGCCGCUGCCGUGGCUGUUUGACCUUCAGCUGGGGCUGAGUCGGCUGGUGGGGAGACUGUGUGGGACAGCACUGGGGAAGGCACAGGUUGUAGACAAGGACAGCAAAGAGGAAGAGAACCUUCUGCAACGUAAUGAGUUGUGGGGCACCCUGUUCAGGGGAGGAUACCUGGUGGGGAGGCUGACCCGGUCUCUGUCCGGCCUCCACACCUCGCAGCCAGCCACCACGGACGUCCACUCCUUCCUGUUAAACAUGGCCGAGGGCAACGUGGACGCUCCUGCAGCAAGACAACUACUGACAAAAUGCCAAGAGGCCUGCCCUAACCCUCGGCUGGGUGGAGACCUGCUGGACCGUACCAUUGCUGCUAUAUUCGGCGCCCUCUUGUGGCACACACAAGAACUGCGGGAGGAGGUGGAGCAGCACAUGGGGAAGGAGGGGACGCCUGUACCUGAUGGUGUCACACAGGCCUAUAUGGCAGCAGAGAGCUUGCGACCGUACCUCCUGGAUCAGCGUCAGAAGCUCAUUGUGUCAUCCGACUCAGAAAAGGCAGAAGACAAGAAGGACGAGAACAAAGCACCGCCCAAACUCUUUGCCACCCCAGACAACCUGAUUUUAGCCUGUAAAGACAAGGCACUGUUUCUACUGCAGUUCUCUGGCCUGGCCAGGUAUGGCAUGUCCGGGAGAGUGGAGUCCCAGACGGACCUGCGACCCAAGAUGCAGCGGUCCCUGAGCAGGAAGCUGAGUCGGCAGGUUUCUGUGGACAGGGCCAACAGGAAACAGUUCCAUGCUGUUGUGCUCCACCCUCCCAACCCUGCCCAAGGACUGGGGACCACCUAUGGUCUGCAGCAGGACAGUUACAUCGGCCGUGAGGCAGAGGAUCAGUACGCCUCCUUCAAACUGGUGCUGGACUUCAUGCGAGACGUGAGCAUCACCAAAGACAAGGUGGAGCGGCUGCUGCAGGAAAGGCUGCAGAAAGCUCAAACUGUCGCAGACGCCUACAAGUUUGCUGCCGAGUACUUAAAGACAAUGGCUGAGCCUAAAGACUUCCAGGUGCCAGUGGUGCUGUUCCUUCAGGAGCUCCUGUGCUCCCAGCAACAGUUCCCCCCACACUAUGCCAGCGGCAUGGAGGGCUGUGGGCUCGACCUGGAAGCUCAGGUUCGCACAUCAUACUACACCCUGGUCCGACGACUCGUCAACGUUGUCAAUACCUUCCCACAAGGCAAUGGGGCACAGCACCUGAAUGCAACCUAUGACCUGCUCCAGGCCAGUCUAGUGCAUUUCCUGGACAUUGAUUGGCAGCCGUACGACCUCGGGUUUGUGCAGGAGAUCGGGUUACCUGCCAUGCUGCUGCAGAUGGCGAAGAGCAGUAUCAGUUUACAUGAUGUCAGCACCAGCCAGCAGGACGAGGAGAAGGAGGACAAGCAGUACCAGGACUGCAUGAAAUGGUUCAACGACUGUAAGAACAACUACACCCCUUGGUACACCAUGAUCAACAAUGCGUCUGACCAGGAGGAGAAGCGGGCGAUGCACAUGUUCGUGGCGAGGUUCUGCGACCUGCUGGACGUGGAGAUCCGCUGCGACGGGUGCGAAAAGGUGUUGCCGGGGCAACGGUACCGCUGUCUGCAGUGCGCCGACAUGGACCUGUGCAACACAUGCUUCCUGGAUGGUGCAAAGCCGGAGGGCCACGAGGAUGACCAUGACCUUGUGCACCUGCAGUUCAAGUGCGACCAGUGCCAGGCCUUCAUCGUGGGAACACGCAUCCACUGUAACACCUGCGAGGACUUCGACCUCUGUCUGGGCUGCAGCAGGGCAAGGGACUACCCUGAAUGCCACAAGGAGAACCAUGAUGUCACGACCUACCAUCUGAAGACCAUCAGCAGUAACAACCCCUCCACCGGCCAGCACAUCAAGACUUACAUCCACAACCACGGCUGGCUGCUCCUCUCUUCCCUGGCCCUCUCCCUCUCCAAGGAUCUGCACAACAACAACCUGGAGGGCCAGUACCUGGCAAACGCACAGCAUCUUCUGAAGGACUGUGUGGAGCUGAUAACGCAGUGUCUCAAACAUAUCGUACCAGAGGGAAAGUCAAUACCAACCAGGUCCCAGUCUAUGGCAGCGUUGUCUCCAAGCGGGGGGCCAGCCAGCCCAGGUUUUCAUCCCGUGCUCAAGAGCAUCUCCUUCCCAGGAUUCCCAACUGUUGGCAAGGGUGGCAUGGAAGGAUCGAAAUCCAAGACUUCCCAAGAUGAUUCAAAAAGGAAAGAAGGAAAGAGUGAUGAGAAAGGAGCUACCGCUGUGGCUACAAAGAAAGGAGAAGAUAGUGGUGGUGCUAAGAAGGAAGAUGUAGCAGCUGCAAAGGGUGAGGAGAAAGAAACAGCAAAAAUCAUGACCACAUCUGAUGAGAAAGCUAAAGAUUCCACAGAGAAGAAAGAUGAAACAAAGGUAGAAGUUUCAUCAGAAGACAAGAAGGAAAAGACAGAAGGAGCUGAGAAGACAGAAGAAACAUCGCCCAAGGGCAAGGAGAGUAAAGACGGUUGGUCACUGGACAAGGCUUUUGCGGAGUGCUCCCAAGAGAGGAUUCUAGGAUUGCUGGCGGCCAUGUUGCCUGAACCUGGAAAGGGUCCUGACUGUGCCAUGGAUGUGUUUAACAUCUCCAAGCUGCUGCCGCUGCUGUUUGACAUUGUGAAGGGAGGUGCAGGGUACAACAUCAACACUCAGCACCUGGCUCUGGGUCUCCUGCAGAAGUUCCUCAGGAGGAUCAACCCUAACGCCUCGGAUACUGCGAUCGUGGUGUGUUUUGCUUGGCCGUCCAUCACUGCGGACUUCCUGACUGGACAGACCACCGUCGACUUCCUCUUCUCGCUGGGCGCCUCGUGUCUUGAGUGGCGCGGGCUGGACUGGGUGGCACCGCUUGCUACAGCACUUCAGUCUCUGUGCCAGACCAAACAGUGGCGUCCCCUGUUAAACACACGCUUCAGUAAGAGUCUGGAGAGCCUGCCCACAGACCUGUCCCUGUCCCACGUGUUUGCGCUGUUCGUCAUGGCGGGGUUUCCGGAGGUGCUGUGUCCGGGCUCGCAGGCUCUGCUGCAGGACAACGGUGGGGACAUCAAACCUGUCGUGGUCGUCAAGCAUUUCUCAGAGAAGGGUGAGGUCAUGGUCAUGGACGUAAGGUCGCGGAGACGGAAGACAGUGAAGGACUACCAGCUGGACCACCAGGUGCAGCAGGAGCCUGUACUUGACGGGGAACGUUUCGGGAAGCUGCUGACGAUCCUGUCUGGCGUGAGCCGCGAGGUUAACGAGUCGCGGGAGGAUCGCAACAGGGUGGAGCGGGUGUGGGUGCUGGCGCUCACGCUCAAGGCUGUGCUGCUCUGUAUCAAGAACGACAAGACUGGGAGGUGUACCCGAGACUUGGUGGAGGCGGGUCUGUGCCCCGCCCUGGUGCAGCUGGCCAGUAAAGGCACCGGCUUCAGCCGACAGUGGCUGCUCAAGGACCUGGAGGUGCUGGGGGUCACGCUGUACCGGCCAGAGAAACCUAACACUGACGAGAAGGUUUGUAAAAUCUCUUGUGAUUCGCGAAGCUCUGUCAUACUACCAUAUAUUCUGUCCAAAAAGGAGGCUUCCGAGACGUCUUCCGAGUCCGAUGCCGCCCCCACCUCAAAGGAAGUGACCCCUGACAUGCCGGUCGCCCAGGGGCUGGACCCGUGCGAGGGACUCGAUGAAGCAACGAAGAUCUGCUUCCAGAUUACCCACGAGGCACUGGGAGCUCCAAUGGCGAUCCUGAGGGCGAUCUACGAGCUGCACGGGAAACAAACCAACGACCUUCUGGACGAGGUGCAGAAGUGUUUCGACGGCGACGCUUUCCAUGCGUCCGAGGAAGUACGCAAGAUGGCGGCAAAAUGGCAAGUGCCAUCGGAGGAGCCGAAGGUUGAGCACACACCUGAGGAUUUCGAGAGCCGUGCGACGGACGUUGGCGUGAUCCCCUUCAUCCCCCUCCCCAUGAAACCCUCGGCACACCUGGUCGCCGUGGAGGAACCAUCCACCUGCGGGGAGAAACUCAUCAAGACGUCUGAGGCAGAACUCAGGGACAGUUACGAGAAGCAGCAGAGAUCUAAGAGCUCAGCCCUGCUGAAGAAGGAGGUACAGACACAUGGGAAGGCAGCCUCAAGGAAAUACCUGUAUCAGGUGAACAUGGCAGUGGCCACCCUGUACGCGCGGCACGUGCUGUGCUCGGUGCUGGCCAACUGGCCGGAGAGCAGCACCAUUAAGAGCGAGACGCUGGGCUUCCCGCCCGGGCUGGAGACGCACCUCGCCAGCCUGCUGGACCUCCUGCAGAGGGUCGUAGAAAAGGAUGACUUCCAGCAGGUUGUGGAGAACGUGGUGACACACUGCGGCUCGGAGAUGCUAGCCGUGUUCGCUAAGGCCACCUGUCAGUUCAUGGAGGAGACCAACCUGGCCACGGAGACGAAAGAGUCGUCACACCCGUACAAGUCUAACACUGAGAUCACUGACAAGGUGCACAUCCCCAAUGCCGUGUUCCUGUCGGUGAGGUUUGACCCCCAGUGCCACACAGAAGAGGACUGUGAUGAGCUGGCCAUGUCAUCAAGCAAGGACCUCAAACAGGACCGCCAUGUUUUCAGCGGGCCCCACAACAAGUGGGCAGGGUUUGACAUCCCGGGAGACACGCUGCACUACAAGUUUGAAGGGCACACCUCCAACCUCUGGGGAUUCAGGUUUACUGUGACUGGAGGCAGGAGCGGAAGGUUCAACACAGGUUACGUCAUCCUCAACACCCUGCUGUCUAAAUCAGCCGUCUUCUCUCACCUGCCAAUCAAACUGCUGUGGGAGUGGCUUGUACAGGUUGCCUGCAGGCAGACCAGCCAGCAGAGGUUAAAGGUCGUGGAGCUGCUCCUGCGCAUCCUGACGGCCUGCUCGCUGCGUUCCUAUGGCAACGCCCCGCCCGACCAGGACAUUGACCUGAGCCUGCUGAAGCCACUGUGGAAGCUGUACAGCACGAUGCCUGACAACACAGACUCCUCUGCCACCAUCCUGCCUCCACUGCAGAGGGCACUCACAGAGCUAUUUAUCCUGGCGGAAGACCUGGCUAUGGAGUGGGGCAUCGAGGACAACUACCUGUUACAGGUGAUGAAUGAAGAUGCCUUCCGUAAGAGCGCUGCCCAGGGCCUCAGGAACAUUGCUGCCAUCAGUCUGGCUAUAAAGUACAAGAACAAGGCUACCGAGGCUUUAGAACAGGCCUCUUUGCCACCAAAGGCACCGUGACGCUGUGGGAUUCAAACCCUGUACCCCUCUACCUACAAUGUAACUCCGAAGGCAUUCAAACAUAUUACUACAGAAUCAAGGCAACAUAUAAAUAUAUCAAGGACUGUUUUGCUAUUAGAAAGAAUACUGAAGCUAAUGAUUAGAAUACUUCAUUGUGAUACUAUAUGAAUGAAUUAUAUAUAUGUUAGCCCUUAUUGUUAUAAUAACUAGGAUGUUAAGCUUUAUCCUAUACCUCUAUUUUGAACCUUAUGUGAUAGCUGUUGCCAUACUUUGUACCAUGUACAAUUGUCGUGCAAUAAAGUUCUUCUUCUUUAUAAUUAUAGAACUCUAUAAAUUUGAGGUUGGGAUGUAGAUAGAU